GAAUGCGCAUAUAUUAAAAUAUCUUCUUCAUGUGCUUCCGUGUUUGCGUCACACUUCCAUUUACGGUUUUUUGAUUCGUGUUACUGCUCCUUCCACUGCAGUUUUCAUUCAGGAAACACAACUAUAUAUGCAUGAGGUUGCUUCACACACAUUCUCACAUGUCACACAAAAAUCUUCCAACUUUACUCAGCGUUCUUUUUCUUCCUUGUUUCACAGUCUCUGUCUCGGAAACUGUUACUUCUUCUUUGCUAGCGUGGGUGUUUGAACGUUAUUUACUUUACCAUUUUCACUUCUUCGUUAGUACCCUCACUUUAAUGUAACUGCAAUCUUCUUUCUGUGAAAAGAAAAAAGUAAUUUUAAGAUUUGAUAAACGCUCAAUUUCUCUUUCAUUUAAUGUUCAAUUUGUCACAAGUCUUUUGAACAAUUACUUCUCAUCAUGGUUUCAGUCUUGGAAUCUCGUUAAUCUUGCCAGACAAACCCAUCUGGGUCUAGCGUUUCAUAUUCGACAACUCUGUUUGUGUUCUGUCGUGUCCAUUCUCUCAGGCGUUUCUGAGCUGUAACCAGUGCAGCUUGGAAUGAUGGGGUUCCGUUAAUUUCUUUGGAUUGUUCUCCAAGGCCAUACACCUUUUUAGAACUCAAUUUCGGUUUGAAUGUGACUAACGUGAACUUCCGUUUAACGUUCACGUUUGCUUUCGCGGAAUGACGAUUACGUGGAAGGCUCAUGUGGUAAGAUAGUGAAAAAGAUUUUGGUUCUUGAACUCGUCGUGGUUGAACUCUACUCUUCAUAUUCAGCUUAUGGAGAAUGCUCAGUUUUCUGUUACUCUCGAAUCCAACUUGGAUAUGCUACCCGAUUGUUUAUUAUUCAUUUACUAAUUUAACUCAUUCUUUUGCUCACUCAUAACAAUAUAUCCAAAUCAUUUUCAUUGUCAUUGCAAAUGAGAAUUCGUCAUCUGAAUUCGUUUAUUCGUUUUCUGGCCUGGGGUGCUGCUACAAUAUAGAUGAACAUCCAUUUUUUUUUUCUUGCUUUCCUAUGUAGGAAGAUUUAGAUAUGUAGGUUUUCCAUCUCUCUGCUCAAAGUUUGGUUAUAGAUAUUUCUUCUAAGCAACUUUAAUCACCAUUUGCCUCUAGAGUCCCCUGAAGUGACUCACUAUCUUCCACUCAAGUCUUCUGCUUCAUUUCCUGCAAACUAAAACUCAUCUCUUCACAUUCCAAUACCUUCAUGGAAGAAACAUUUGUUCCCUUGCGUGGGAUCAAGAAUGACCUCAAAGGAAGACUUGUGUGCUACAAACAAGAUUGGACUAGUGGAUUCCAAGCAGGCAUCAGGAUCCUUGCCCCAACUACAUAUAUAUUUUUCGCUUCAGCAAUUCCAGUGAUCUCUUUCGGGGAGCAACUGGAGAGAAACACAGAUGGAACUCUAACUGCAGUGCAGACCCUUGCAUCAACAGCACUCUGUGGCAUUAUCCAUUCAAUCUUAGGAGGGCAGCCCCUCCUGAUACUUGGUGUAGCUGAGCCAACGGUUCUGAUGUAUACAUUUUUGUAUGACUUUGCAAAGGAUAGAAAAGAUUUGGGACACAAACUAUUCCUUCCUUGGACUGGAUGGGUGUGUGUUUGGACUGCUGCGUUGCUCUUCUUGCUGGCCAUUGUUGGCGCAUGCUCCAUAAUCAACAGAUUCACGCGCCUUGCAGGUGAACUAUUUGGUCUGCUGAUUGCAAUGCUCUUCAUGCAGCAGGCGAUAAGGGGACUUGUGGAAGAGUUCGGUGUGCCCCAGUCCCAGAGAGAAGGUACCAAUCAGAUUGCACUCCAAUCUUCUUGGCUGUUUGGAAAUGGAAUGUUUGCUUUGGUUUUGUCAUUUGGCCUUCUGUUUACUGCACUAAGAAGCCGUAAGGCUAGAUCCUGGCGAUACGGAGCAGGUUGUUUGCGGGGAUUUGUAGCUGAUUAUGGAGUCCCACUAAUGAUUCUGGUGUGGACUGCUGUGUCUUAUAUGCCAACCAAUAAGGUUCCAAGGGGAAUCCCUAGGCGACUUUUCAGUCCAAACCCAUGGUCUCCCGGUGCAUACACAAAUUGGACAGUAAUUAAGGAAAUGUUGAAUGUGCCUCUCAUCUAUAUUAUUGGAGCUUUUAUACCAGCGACUAUGAUUGCCGUGCUUUAUUACUUUGAUCACAGUGUUGCUUCACAACUUGCCCAGCAAAAGGAGUUCAAUCUAAGAAAACCCUCAUCAUAUCAUUAUGACCUUCUCCUCUUGGGCUUCUUGACCAUUUUGUGUGGGCUUAUUGGAAUCCCUCCAUCCAACGGUGUGAUUCCUCAAUCUCCUAUGCAUACUAAAAGCUUAGCGACUCUAAAACAUCAGAUAUUGCGUAACAAAGUUGUAUCUGCCGCACGGAAAAGCAUCCAGAAAAAUAUGAACCUGAAUCAGCUAUACCAAAGUAUGCAAGAAGCAUAUGAUCAAAUGCAGACUCCCUUAGCCCACCAAAUACCACCUCCCUCGCAGGGGCUAAAGGAGAUGAAGGAAUCCACCAUCCAACUGGCUCAAAGUCAUGGAUACAUUGACACCCCUGUUGAUGAGGUUGUUUUCGAUGUGGAUAAAGAUAUUGACGACCUUUUACCUGUUGAAGUAAAAGAACAGCGCCUCAGCAAUCUGCUGCAGGCAUUAAUGGUUGCACUUUGUGUUGCUGCUAUGCCUCUUUUGAAGAAGAUACCAACUUCAGUGCUUUGGGGUUACUUUGCUUUCAUGGCAAUUGAAAGCUUGCCCGGAAAUCAGUUUUGGGAGAGAAUAUUAUAUCUCUUUACUGCUCCAAGUCGAAGAUACAAAGUGCUGGAGAAACACCAUGCGGCCUUUAUUGAGACCGUGCCUUUCAAAACGGUGGCCAUGUUUACAUUAUUCCAGACAGCUUACUUGCUUCUCUGCUUUGGUCUAACCUGGAUACCAAUUGCCGGGGUCCUUUUCCCAAUGUUAAUCAUGCUUCUUAUCCCAGUACGUCAAUAUUUCCUUCCCAAGUUUUUUAAAGGAGCCCAUCUUCAAGAAUUGGAUGCUGCAGCAUAUGAGGAAGCACCUGUUGUCAGUUUCAACUUGUCAUUCGAAGAUUCAGGUAGUCAGACAGCAACAGUCAAUAUUAAUAGUGGGGAAAUUCUUGAUGAAAUUAUUACAAGGAGUCGUGGGGAGAUCCUCAGUCAGAAAUCCAGGAACUCAACUCCAACAUCACGUGGACAUACCAUUCCUGCUUAUGCAAAUAACUCAUAGGAUUCAAUGCUCUCCAGUAACUCAAGUGAAGAUCAAGAGAAGUACUAAUUCACAGCCAAUGUUUCUUGGACAAGAUUCCAGUGGUUCACCUUCAAAGCUAAUAGGGUUUCCUUGAAAAUAGUUUUAAGUAGCACACUAGGUCAUGAGCUUGUUUAUGAAUACACGUUAUCUUAUAGAUGUUUAUCUUUGACUCUUCUUUCCUUUCAAUCUUUAACCAUAUUGACUUCAUUUUACCUUGAUACAGAACGAGCAGGGGUAUUUUCAAGUUGAUGGAUUGAUGGUGUUGAAUCUAACUUUAGGUUUUGCUUAUGUGUAGUGUAUAUGGAACUGCAAAGGAAAAAAAAACAACAACGAGGGGAUUUUGAAACAAAGAUCUGAUGAAUAUUUAUCUUACUCCUUACUGCUAAAUAAAGCAUCGUAUGAAUGUAUAGCUAGUUCGCAGUGUAUCAUAGACCUUGCCUUCAACCUUUCGUUGCCAAAUUUACUGCAUAUGUUCUGUGGUCCUACUUGAGUUGACACCAUUUUUUGUUUACUAAAGUUAUGAGGGAGUUAAGUGUAUUUUUCAUGUAGGGACCAAAACGGAAACUAGUCAUGUGCAGGUGUACCAAAAUGUACGGAAAGAAAAAAUGUGGUGUGUUCAUUUUAA